UGUAAAGUGUAAAUUGUAUUGUGAAUUUUAUCGUGAUUCACCUCGGCUUGUAUUGUGAGCUUUUGGAGUCAUGAUCUAGAUUUGGGUCCAGACCUCUUUCAGUCCAAUCACACAUGAGACUAUUCAAGAUGUCCAAGAAUGGCAUUCUGUUAUAAUCAGUCUGCUUCAAUAAAGAUGAUGUCCAGAUGAUUUUAUGGUGCUCAUAAAAAAGACACUGUCAUGAAAAGAUGAAUCCAACCCCUUUGAACUUUGAUACUGUGGUCACAUGUGCAGUCUUGCUGGAGGGAGAGCUGCUGUACAAUAUCGCAGGAAUCAAACGAAACUGGACAGUCACCCAGGAGACCACAGUUUGUGCCCUGUGUCAGACCAAAAGUGCGUCAUGUAUCAGUUCAAGGAAGACCCAAAUACAGACUGCCAAGCAGGCUGAAGUUAUAACUAAAAGCAAGUUUUGAUACAGCAGAUAAAAAACAUCCAGAUAAAGCAGAUUUUUCCUAUCAGAUGAACAUGGACUCCCCAGUGAAAGCUCAGAAGACGAGGGUAGCAGUGGCACCACAAGCAGCCCCUGAUGGUGGCUAUGCCUGGUUCGUCCUGCUCUCCUGCUUCCUGAUCUUUGGCCUUACCUUUGGGGUCAUUAAGUCCUUUGGUGUAUUCUAUGUUGAGAUACACCAAUACUUUGAAACUACAGCAACAGAAACAUCUUGGAUUACCUCUAUUGCUUUGGCUACCAUUCACUUUGCGGCUCCUGUAUCAUCUGCUCUGAGUGCUCACUACAGCCAUCGCUCUGUAGUGAUAAUGGGAGGACUGAUAUGCAGCAUAGGAGUCAUGUUUGGGGCUUUUGCUCGUAACCUAAUCGAACUCUAUUUAACAGUGGGGUUCCUAAACGGUUUGGGCUAUGCAAUGACAUGGACCCCGUCGAUGACCAUGCUGGGAUUGUACUUUGAGAAGAGGCGUCCGAUAGCAAACGCCUUGGCCAGUUCUGGAGAAUGCAUCCUUUCCUUUGUCCUCACACCUCUGUUCCAGCUGUUGAUUGACAGCUACUCAUGGAGGGGCGCUUUGCUAAUCCUGGGAGGUCUGCAGCUUAACCUCAGUGUGUGUGGGAUGCUGCUGAGGUCCCUAAAAGUCACCAGAGACAUAACUUGUGAGGUCAGAGCACAGGAAGAAGGCUUGUCCCUGGAACUGCUACCAAGAGACAGCAUGGAGCAGAGCAAACUAAGCUGCCUAGAGGAGCCAGGAGUAUCUGAGGGGUUAGAAAAGGAGACAAUUAGGGCAUCUCUUGAGGACCUGAAAAAGAUACCUGAUUCAACCAUGAAAGUACAAGACUCAAACAGCAAAACUAGGAUGGCUAAACUAAGCACCAAAAUCCUUCGCUAUGUAGAUUAUACACUCAUCACUAAUGCUCGAUUCAUGGUCUACUCAAUGUUUGGGGUGUUUGCUGCACUGGGUUUCUUUGCCCCAGCUCUGUUUCUGGUUCCAUAUGCUCGUAGUAGGGGGAUUGAGGAGUACCAGGCGGCUGCCCUCGUGUCCAUCUCUGCAGUACUGGACCUGUUUGGAAGAGUGUUCUUUGGCUGGGUGGCAAACUUGAGACUGGUUGAAACGGUGAAGCAGCUGACAGCUAGUGUGAUUCUGCUGGGUACUGUGUUACUGCUCUGCCCGCUGGCCUCCUCGUUCCUAGAGCUGGCUGCUUUCAGCACAGCGUACGGCCUGGUGUAUGGUGCUACGGUCGCCAUCCACAUCACCGUGCUGGCUGAGGUUGUGGGUGUCAGCAGGCUCGGAAGUGCGCUGGGCUUCUUUAUGCUCAUACGCAGCAGCGGAGGCCUGUUUGGACCGCCCAUCGCUGGAUUCUUCAUAGACAAGAUGGGUGAUUAUGGAACGGGGUUCAUCAUGGCAGGGGUGGCUCUCAUCAUCUCUGCUCUGUUCCUGCUCAUCCUCCAUCAGAUGAACAGCAGGGGUCAGGGGUCGACCACCAAGAACCCCGAUGUGCACAUGGACAACACGGGACCAUCUGUCAGAGCUGACGCCAAAGUGCUGGACAUGACAUGAUUGAAGGGGAAAUUGUUUCUGUUGCUGAUAGAUGAUGAGUUUGAAAAGAGAUAUGGAUCUCAGGAUCACAGUCAGAAGCCGAAUCAAGUGAAGCCAUACCUCAAGUGUUUUCACAAACCUAAGGGACUGAAUGAAAAUUAGAGGAAGGGGUUGUCAGAGUGGGCAAGGGUUGUUGUUUUUUUUGUUUUUUUUCCCUAGAUUUUAUUUUAAACAUUUUGAUCAGGUUUGCAGGUGUGUUUUCAGUCCAUGGGUGGUGAGAUAACAUUUUAUUAUCAGUCAGACUGCAGUCAAGUUACUUAAAGCAUCAUAUGUUUCACUUUGAAUGUGAAACCAACUUCCCUUAUUUGUAAAACAAGAGUUACUGGUGGUGAGGUAGUAGUUGGUAGCCCUUGUUUCAAACAUAUAGAAUGUCUGCAGUAGUUGCUAAAUCUGACAACUGUUCAUUUCAUUUCUAAGGUGUGGACUGGUUGCACACACUGAAAACUCAUGUUGUAUUAAGAUAUUAGAUGUUUAAGUCAUGGACGUGUGGCACGGUGGUGCAGUGGUCAGCAUUGUCACCUCACAGCAAGAGGGUUUGAACCCAGAGUGAAGGAGCCCACCUGAGUGGAGUUUGCAUGUUCUCCCUGUGUCAGCGUGGGUUUUACAUGGGUACCUCAGCGUCCUCCCACAGUCCAAAGACACGCGGGUUAAUUGGUGACUCUAAAUUGGCCGUAGGUGUGAAUGUGAGUGUGAAUGGUUGUCUGUCUCUAUGUAUCAGCCCUGUGAUAGUCUGCCGACCUCUCUAGGGUGUACCCUGCCUUUCACCCAAUGUCAGCUUGGAUAGGCUCCAGCCACCAUGACCCCCAACAGGCUAAGGAUUUACCAAAACUUAAUGAAUGUAUAAUUAGACACUGGAUGCCAAGAAGGAGGAUAUUUAUUCCAAUGGUCUCCAGCUUGGCGCAUACACCAAAAACGUUUCUAGCUUCCAGGUUUUUACCUGCAGUAUGCAGCCCACUGAAUAUGCGCAGUAGUAUUGCUCCUGCUGGCUCUGCCUGCAAGUUCCUGCUCAGCUCAUAGACUUCAUGAAUCAAACACUAAUAGAAAGAUUCAUAAUUAACCUUGUUUGCAGUUUGAGGUGUCCUGUCAAUAGUCAGUGCGUGUACGUGCAGCUUGAGAAAAUCGAAUUACUGGCUUAGUCCAACUGACACCGGACUUUUAAAUGCAUGUAAACAGCUUAGUCCGACUGAAAUUGGACUAUCCAUAGCUCAACUAACACACCUAGAUAAUUCAAUUGAAAAUCGAACUAUUGCUGCAUGUAUCCACUUAGUCCGACUUGAAUCGGACUCAACGUUCUGUGCGUGCACCACUUUUUCGUUCGCGGGCUUUCACCCAGAAGGAGAAGGAGAUGACGUAGCAGCAGUGCAGUAACUCCCGGAAAAACAAACAAACAAACAAACACCAUGGCGACCGAGAAGCAGAAGACGCACUUCUGGACGGAUGAGGACACUACAUUUGUGCUCCGACAGCUAAAGAAGCUAAACAUUUUAAGUUUAUGGAUGGUUGGAAAAUUCAAAAUGCAUUCUUAUUUUAAAAAGUUGUUGCUGUUUUUUGCUGCAAUACUGCAAGUGGCCAGUGGAAAAAAUGGAAGCAAGGCUGGGUGGCUUGGUUUAAGUGCCUGGAUACUUGGUAUUGAAUUCCAUAUUUCUCUUUUAGUGAUUCAUUGUUAAAGGAGUUUUACUGUUGUAUUAUUUUUAGAUAUUGUUGGGAGGUUUUGCGUUUUUUUACCCAAGUCAAGGGGAUAUUGUAAUAAUGCAACGGAGGGUCUUACUUUUUUAAGACAUGAAAGGUUCAGCUCUUCUCCCUAAUCUAGUAAUUUUCGUACAGUCCCUAAAGUGUUCACAUUAUUCCCACUCUCUGGAAUGCACUGAACUGUAGGAACAUAACAAGCUGUAGAAACUGUGUAUUUAUGUCACUUAGGUGCAAAAUGUGUCAGGAAUGUGAUAAUCAAUAUGUGACAAUGAAAUAUAAUUAAUUUCUAUCAAAACCACAAGUUCUUAAGUUGAUUUAAAAAUUGAAGCAUGUUUUUUAUACGUAUGCUGUCUUAGAGUCACACUUUGUUAUUGAUUUUUUUUCCUUCAUUGCAAUAGUGUGAUGCAUGAAUGAAUGCUGGCUUGCAGGGUGAAAAUGUGACUCUAGCUCCCUCCAGCGAGGAGUUACUGUUAUUGCAUUUUUGCAACGUUCUCGGCUGAAUGACUGAGCUGGAAAGUGCCGAUAAUUCCAGAUAUAAUACCACAGGGAAGACUGGGGAAUUUACAGAUGUAGACCAAACAACCAAAUUACAGUAAAUUGCACCAGUUUUCAAUUCAGUGCUCAAAAUGAAUGCAGUAUUCUUUACUGCUGCAAGUUUGUGUUUCAGCUUUGCUUACAAACAGAUCUGAAAAUCACUCUUAAGUGUUAACUUACAUCGCUGGAACAACAAAAUAAGUUCUAAAUGGUUCAUUGAAUUUCUUUCCAAGUUCAGUCUCAAUGCAGCCUAAAACCCAGUGAGGAAAAGCUUUUCUUCAUUUUCUUCCUCUGCUGCAGAAUGUUUGGUAUGUGCAACCAUCAAGAAAAGUAGCUUUCAUAACCCCAAUCCAGCAAGAGGCACCCGAUAAACAUCUUCAGCCUGGUAUAAUGCAAAAUAUAACAAGUAUAAAUAAACAUGUCACUCGGCAUAAAUCUGCAAUAACAAACUCCAAACCACGGUUUACAAACAGUGGCCCACACUGGAAUCCCCCCCACACACACACUAACAGACACAAGCUACACACACACACACACACACACACACACACACACACCAGAGGAAAGAGACUGCAGAAAAGAAAACUUGCCACAACAAGAGAGCUGGUCACAAAAUACCGCAAGCCUUUGAUCUGCCAGACAGGAACAAAGACAUAAUCCAUGUUUCAUAGAAACUCUACAUGAAAACCAAACACACACACACUCAAACACAAAGACACACACAGUGUAUGCCAUGGUUGACUGCCAAGAGAGAGUAGAGGCCACCUAUUAUCAGGGAAAGGAAGACUGCCGGUUCAAAAUUAUCAGAGAAUUUCCAUUUCAGUGAACAAAAAUCAACUGUCAUUUCAUACAUGAAGUUUGAUCUUUAAUUGCAAAAAACUGAUUUGCACGCCGUCUGUACCACACAUAAAAGGGACAACGUCUGGCUGAGCAAUAAUCAGAACAGGCAGUGUGGAGUUAAACACCAUUUUCUUUGAUAUAAUUCAGAUACAUUUAUUGAUGGAGCUGAUAAAUGCUUAACUGUGUCAAGGAACAUUAAAGGGGCACUCCAUCAAUUUUGUAUAUGAAGUUCAGUGUACACAUCAUGAGGAGUACUGAUCAGCCUAUCAAAAUAGCUGGAAAAUGUCCUCUGUGAUUCUGGAGGGAACUUUUCAAAGUUUGAAAAACAACCCUGAUUAUGUGGGUAUGAUAUGAUAAUUGUGCGUACAUAAAUACAUCUAUGUAUGCUAAUUUGAGUACAAUAGUACCUGCACACACAUUUGUGUGUGCUGUAGGGCAUUGUGCAAUGAGGACUGGCACUUCAUAAACCUGUGCAAUUGGGCGGUGUGCAAUUCAAUUAGCACUUUAACAUGGGCAAUGUGCAAUAAUAUUAACCCUUAAAAACCAUCGCACCUUUAAUUUAGCACUCAAGCACUUUUGCAUUUUCAACUGGUCCCCCAAUUCUUGGUCUAUCAUGUCUGUAUUACUGUUCGCUAUAUGUUUGUUUAUUUGUUGUUAUUGUUUUUGUUUGUUUGUUUUGAUUAGUUAAACAUCAACCUGCCAAGGGACUGAGGAUGGAAAUUAGCCAUAGCUACAAUCCUACAUAUUUACAUUUAAUGUUCAUCAAUAUACACUGUCCCUGUUUUAAAUAAACAAAUAAAUAAAUAAAUGUCAUCUUGAUG